UGUGUUGCAAUUGGUUUAGUUUACACUCCGGUGUAUAUAUUUCACGUUUGCCAGAAGAUAUACCAGUCUUUGGCGAGAGUUCUAUCCGAUCAAAACACAAAAAUCGAAGAUGUCUGUGGUGCCUCUUUUAUUCCGUGACUGGUGGGACGAAGAAGACUUUGUACGCCCCUCCCGUCUUUUGGACCAACAGUUCGGAUUGGGACUGAGAAGAGAUGACCUCCUCAGCUCCCUCAGCACCAUUCCUAGAAGGUCGAGGUUGACCAACUAUAUCAGACCAUGGAAUACAGCAGGAACGUCCCUACAGAGGCAAGAAUCCGCAUCGACCAUUACCCAAGACAAAGAUAAAUUCCAGGUGAUCCUCGACGUUCAACAAUUCGCCCCUUCAGAAAUAACCGUCAAAACAACAGGAAACAGCCUCAUCGUCGAAGGCAAACACGAGGAGAAGCAAGACGAACACGGUUACAUUUCCAGACACUUCGUCAGGAGAUACGUUCUACCGGAAACUCACGACGUGGAGAACGUUGUUUCUUCCCUCUCAUCCGAUGGUAUUUUGACGGUGAGCGCGCCAAAGAAGGCCCCCAAGGACAACAACGCAGAAAGAGUGGUACCCAUCACAAAGACCGGACCUGCAAAGGCUAGCGUCCAAUCUACCGAUCCACAACCCAAAGUUGAACACCCAACAAGUUAAAAUUUCCAACUGAAACAAUUUUUUUAUAUUAUUUUCAUUAGGCAAAGAUGUGACAAAAAAAAUUAUUAAAUUACACUUGAGCACAAA